UAAAUGCGGACUUUCCAAAAGUUCACUAACUGGAGUUAGAUCAGUGACAGCCGCGAUGUAACUUUUGCUUUUUGUGCACGUCGCGCACGAUAAUAACAGGGUAGUCCUUCGUUUCUUUGCCAAAGAUGUAUUUGUUAAAACUGUUUUUAGGUGUAAAUUUUAGGCAUGGAAAGAUGGACUGGCGGUGGACGCUUUUCACUCUCCUUUUAAACUUUCACUUAACUUACGGGUCCCCCUCUUCUUAUGGCUUAUUCCACGGGUCUGCAUACACUGGAGCGGUCCACAGACACAGAAAUAGAAACUGGUGCGCCUAUGUGGUGCAGAGGAACGUGAGCUGCGUGGUGCAGGGGAGUGCGGAGAAUUUCCAGGAGCCCGUGGUGGCCCCCUGCCCGGCCUACCAGCCCGACUGCCAGCAACAAGUGACUUACCAAACACGGUUUCGACCUACAUACAAGAUUGGAUACAAGACAGUCACAGAGUUAGAGUGGAAGUGUUGUCCUGGUUACCAAGGUCCAGACUGUAGGGAUUUAAAACCACCCCCAGAGCGACAAACAGUGCAAGGAGCACAGUCUUACCGCCCACUAAAUCCUGGAUUAUCAGCCAGACACACGCAAAGGGCAGAGCGGAGGGAAAUCGCACACCAUCAGACAUGGCAUGGUGCCACAGAUAAGGUGCGCAUUUUGGAAGGUGAAGUUCAGCGUCUUUCUCAGACAGUUCUGGAUCUCCAGUCCACUCUGUCAGGGUUCACCACCAACCUCCGCACAGAUCUGCAGGACGACACAAAGAAGAUGCUAGUGACACUUCUAAACAACAUACGCCCACCUGAUAGUACUAGUGGUGCAGGCACAGAGGAGAUCCCAGCUGUUCUAGAUGGUCAUCAAGCUACCAGAGGUGGGAUUGCUGGAGAGAAAGCCCUAGAAAAAAUAGUAACUCGUUUAGAUGAUAUUGAUAUUGCACUUAAAAGUAAGGACGAAGCUAUGGAAGAUUUGCGAGGAAUCACAACAAGUCAUGACGGGCAGAUACGUGUCUUAAUGGAUGCUUCUCAGUCUCAAACUCCAGCCAUUGCUGACUUUGAUGGUAUACAGACCUACAUUGAUGGAAAAUUUGAGACGCUGAAGAAGGAGCUAGACCAGAAUAUUGAUGAACAGAUGGCCAAAAUACAGCUUUCAUGCAAUGACAAAAUCCAAACAGUGCAGAAGACCUGCGAAGACGGCCAUGACCAAGUUUUUAUCAGGUUGAACAAGCUGGUGGAAACCAAAGAAUCUGCUCUGAGGAAAGAAAUCCGAGCACUUCGUUUAGAAAUGGCUGCCGCAGACGGGCCUGUGCAAGCUCAAAGGCAAAUAGAUCCACUCGAAGAAGAUAAAGACCACAGUGAUCAUGAAGAUAUAUGGAGAGAGAUUGAGCGUACUCAAGAGGCUUACAGAAUCCUCAAUAUCCGCAUUGAUAACGAACUGGCUCAUUUGUCUGCACCACAAGACAAUGGGGAUUUUAGCCUGUUGAUUGAGGAGCUUGAGGCACGUGUAAAUAUUACAGAACAAAAUGCAGAGACGCACUGUUUCUACAUUGAAGAGAAGCUAACCCGAAAAAUCACAGAAGAAGUAGCAGAGCUUCGGCAGGAGAUAUGCUCUGCGGGAUGCUCAGGCUCAGGUGUUACUCCAGAUGAAGGAGGAACUGUACUCCCACCUGAUGGUCUACAAAGCAUUUUGAAGGACCUGAGUCGGUAUAGAGAUGAUUUGGAUGAUCUUCACACAGUGUUAAGUUCCGACUCAACAAAGCUCAAACAACUUGAGGACCUUGUUCAAAGGCAGUCAGUUGGAAAUGAAAGGCAUGUGAAGAUGAUGGAAGACUUCCAGAAAGGGUUGAUCAAUCUUCAAAAUAAUGUGCUUGGUUUGGCUGGUGCUGUUACUGGGUUUAGUGACUCCUUGAGCAAAUCCAACCAGGAUAUGGACAGAAUAAACACAACAUGCUGCCGUUCACACCAUAUUGGUGCUGGAGGUCCGGUUCAAGCCAAUUGGGCUUCAUCUGACGCCACCAACCAGCAGAUGGACAAGCUGAAAAGCAGGAUUGAUAAGCUCAGUGAGCAGGUGUCAUCUGAAAUGAGUCAGUGUAGACAGAACACACAGGGUGUUUCUGAUGAAAUAUCAACUGUGGAAGAACGUGUAAACAGACUUGAAAUGGUGUGUGGAAGGUUAGAUGGGAUUUCUGUUAACAUCAAGGAGCUGAAAGACGGACUUGAGAGACACGUUGGCGGCCUGCAGGACUGCGUCAACAAGAUGAAUGUCACCUGUGAAAAUCACGGCGCAGACAUCAUCGCCCUACAGAAUUCCUUGCACAUACUCCAGACACAGAUGGCCAAACAUGCUUUGAAAGAUGUUGCUACCAAAGACUCAGUAAUGACUUUAAGACCAGAGAGGCCUGCCUCUUCGCCUGACACAACUCAUACCAGAGCCAGAGUCAAGGAAAUCCACAUCCCUGUCAUCAUUCCUCCACCGCCAACCAGCUCCAGGCAACCAUACAGUCACAUCCAUCCAGCACAACCUAACAGGCACACAAUCAAGAUCAUUCCACCAAACCAGCCCACAAGCCCUCUGCAACCAGGCCCCCAAACUCUGCCUCUGGUUCCUGUAAGACCAGUGGUUGAGACUGGGGAAGCAGGACCUCCAGGAUAUGUCCGCAGGGUCACUGUGCGCAGAGGAUCUGAGGACUCAUCUAGCAAACCUGUGAAAGGGUUUGCAGGAGCUCCAGGCUAUCCUCCUCUGCAACCUGCAUCUUUCAAACCACAAUCAGCCAGCCGCAGAGUAGCAGCAAAGGUACCUUGGAACCCGAUAUAUCAAGCUCUGGCAGACUCGCCUGUUUCAGUCGACAACAGCGCCUUUGCAGAUCCCUUCUCCUUUUCUGCUGGCCUCACCCAGCAGUCGCCCUUUUUUGGAGAUUUUGGCAUCAUUCGCUUCAACAGUGUGAUGGUUAACGACGGCGGACACUACAAUCCUCACACAGGGAUCUUCACUGUGCCACAAGAUGGCCGAUAUUUGAUCUCAGGCUUACUGACUGCAAGGCAGGGUGACCGCAUUCAGGGCGUCCUGUCCGUGUCUAACCGCAGCGUGCACAGGCUGCAGAGCUCGGCGGAGGGUCAACAUGGCCGCUCAUCUGGUGGUUCCUGCAACUGUGGAGGCACCGUGUCCUUCAGUUUAAUCCUACCACUGAGGAAAGGAGACCGUGUGAGCCUGGUGAGGACCGGCGGCCAGCUGGCCACAACGGAGGCCAGGGAGAUCCUCUCAACAUUCAGCGCCAUCUUCCUCUACUCAUCACAAGCCAACAGAUAGCUGGAGCUCAGCUGAGCAGCAACACCGAGGACUAGUUUGUUACCAGAUAGCAGGACUGGAAGAAAAGUUCAAGAAAUCCUAUUUAUCAUCAGUUUGCUGUGAUGCAGCUAUUUAACAUGUAGUGUCACCGUGUGAUGAUCCUCAGUUAUACACCGUGUUCAUUUAAAAAGUUCUUAUAUUGCUUUUUAUAAGCCAUUUGCAAAAGAUACCAAUAAGCAAGAGGCUGGAUUUGUAACUAAAAUAUUUGGUUAUUAAACUGAACUUUUGUAUCUAUUGUGAAUAUCUAUUUGUAAGUUAACUUGAAAAUUUAUGAAAUGCGAAAUUCGUUUUGCAAAUGGCAAACAACUCCAUAUAAAGUACGACUGACUUUUAAUGGUAUAUAUUGUUAGCCAUGAAAUAACCCAUAAGACAUCUCACUUGUUCUUACUGUGCACAGAGCUCAGAAACUGAGGAUUAAUACACCGACAUAAGCAGAUUAAUGGGAAUAAAAAUCUGAUUAGCAACACAAGUUUAUUUUUAAUUAACAUUUUAAACUUGGCUGCCUUCAGAGGCAGCAUAGAGAAAGACGAGGUAAGAAGGCAAUCGCCCCUGUGGGUAAUUAACAUAAAAUAAGUGUAAAUGAAAAAUGGUUCCCUUCUCGCUCCUGAGACUUUGACACUUUUCCAAAGGCAAACUGUUAGAAGUAUUAAAUUCAGUUUAGCCUCUGUUGAUCCUAAAAGAGAAAAAUGAUUUUAUUUCAAAGUUAAAUAUGUGCCCCAAAUUACUGUUUCUAUAAAUCUUUGAUGUUUGUGAUGUUCAAUAAAGUUGAGGGAUUUCCACUGCAAUUACCUCAAUGUAUUGUUCCUUGAAAACAAGGCCGAGGAUAAGUUACUAGCCUGUGGGUACUGGUGAACUUUCUGACUUUGACACAGAAUAAAGAAAAGAAAAACAUAAAGCAAACAUAAUGUAUUCAGUUAGAAAUUUAAUACAAAUAGGAGAACAAGCCACAUUUUGUUAGCUUUUUUAGGCUUGUUUUAUUUUCUGUUUACUAUGGAUUUUGUUCUUUAAACAUACUUUGAACCACGUCUCUAUACAAAAUCGAACACAGCAUACAUUUAAAGUAUUUCUGUUGAUCAGACACAAUCAAAUAGCAAGCGUUACAUCCAAACAAAACACAGUCCCACGAAAGAUCAUACACAUUUAUAAGAAACAACAAACAAAGGCAUUGAGACAGGAAAAAGAAAAAUAAGUGAUCAUCAUAUAUACCAGAUCAUUUUCCACAGCAGUUGAGUGAGAGCAAAUUUUUUAUACCACAUACCCCCCCAAUUAUAGAGGGUGACGUGUGAUUCUUUCACACAAGAUGCUUUACUUUCAUAGAAAGAAUGGAAUUCCUUUUGUUAAUCAUAAGAUAAAUCUGAUAUCACCAAACUGUAGAGAAAAAGCAAAAGAAUCAAAGCAAACAUCUAAAAUUCACAAAACGGCUACAGAGCAAUUGCAGCAACACUUCUGAAGCAUCUAAGUGACAGAGCCGUCAUCCCCCCUCUUCCCAUAAACUGGUUUGUUUGCUCCUGCUCUUUCAGCCCACUCGAACACAUCUUAUCAUGUUACGCUCAUGUGGCCCAUGUGAUUCAUGCCAGUGAAUCAUUUCCUAAUCAUACAUAAUGCCAAGGAAGUGCUUCUAAAGGCUUCCUGGACAGAGUCAAGUAUUUCCUGUUUAUCUCUAAACAAGAACUAAUUUCUCCUCCUCUGAGGCAUAGGAUCAGUCUUUUCUUUCUCUCACACAAACAUACAACCCCGCACACACACUUAAGAUAUGAGGUGGCUUCAUGUGUUUUCAACACCCAAAAAU